CCCACGAAGAAUCUUUAGCUCAUCUUUCCAUAUCAUCUACUACGCCCAAGGUAAAAGUCUCAGGCCCGACCCUCACCAACCUUGCUCUCUGCAUUCUGCUUCUCCUUGCGCAGAGCCGUUACGAUCAUCGAAAUCAGUAAUUUAGUAACUUUAAGAAGUUUGUGAAGAUGUUAGAAAGGAAGAUGGAGAAACUCAACGUUGAUAAUGUGAUAGAAGAAUUUGAAGCAAUUACAAAGGGCGCUGAGAUGGUCCAGAUAGAGACUCUCAAGAAGAUUCUGGAAGAGAAUGGAUCAGCAGAGUACUUGCAGAAUCUGGGUCUUAAUGGGCGAACUGAUUCGAAGAGUUUCAAAGAUUGUGUUCCUAUUGUUACUCACAAUGACUUGGAACCUUAUAUUCAAAGAAUUGCAGAUGGCGAUCAUUCCCAUGUUCUGACUGGAAAGCCCAUCACAACCAUAUCUUUGAGUUCGGGUACGAGCCAGGGAAAGCCGAAAUAUCUACCAUUCAAUGAUGAACUAAUGGAAGACACCUUGCAGAUAUUUAGGACUUCUUUUGCUUUCAGAAACAGAGAGUUCCCUAUUGGGAAUGGAAAAGCCUUGCAGUUCAAUUUCAGCAGCAAGCAGUCCAAAACAAAAGGCGGUUUGGCUGCUGGGACUGCCACAACAAAUCUCUUUCGCAGUUCUCGCUAUAAAAAUGCAGUACAGACAAUGCAGUUGAAAUGUUGCAGCCCUGAUGAAGUGACAUUUGGUUCUGACUUCCACCAAUCAUUGUAUUGCCAUCUCUUAUGUGGGUUAAUCUUCCGUGAAGAAAUUCAAUUUGUGUCCUCUUCAUUUGCUCACAGCAUCGUCCUUGCCUUUCGAACCUUUGAACAAGUGUGGGAAGAGCUUUGUGAUAAUAUACAAGAUGGGGUACUCAGCAGCCGAGUCACUGACCCUUCCAUGAGAGAUGCAAUUUCAGAAGUGCUUAAGCCAAAUUUUGAAUUGGCUGAACUUAUCCGUAAAAAGUGCUUGGGAUUGAGCAAUUGGUAUGGAUUAAUACCGGAACUUUUUCCUAAUGUAAAGUACGUCUAUGGGAUAAUGACUGGGUCAAUGGAGCCUUAUGUGAAAAAACUGAGGCACUACUCUGGUGAGAUACCUUUGUUAAGUGGUGAUUAUGGUGCUUCAGAAGGGUGGAUAGCAGCGAACGUGAACCCGAAGUUGCCACCUGAGUUGGUUACUUUUGCUGUGCUACCAAAUAUUGGAUAUUUUGAAUUCAUUCCUCUUGGAGACAGUGUUGAUAAUAUCUACACAGAGCCCAAGCCUGUGGGUUUGACUGAAGUCAAAAUUGGAGAAGAGUACGAGAUCAUUGUCACCAAUUUUGCAGGCUUGUACAGGUACAGACUAGGAGAUGUGGUGAAGGUGAUGGGCUUCCAUAACUCGACCCCAGAACUUAAAUUUGUAUGCAGGAGGAGCCUGCUACUCACCAUAAACAUUGACAAGAUCACUGAGAAAGACUUACAGCUGUCUGUGGAAGAAGCAGCGAAGCUACUAGCUGAGGAGAAACUUGAGCUUGUUGAUUUCAGCAGUGUAGCUGAUCUAUCCACAGACCCUGGCCACUAUGUAAUAUUUUGGGAAAUUAGUGGGGAACCAACGGAGGAUGUCCUCAAAGAGUGCUGCAAUUGCUUGGACAGAUCUUUUCUUGAUGCAGGCUACAUUACAUCACGCAAGAUCAAUGCCAUUGGACCCCUUGAGCUCAGAGUGGUUCACAGAGGAACAUUCCAAAAGAUACUAGAUCAUUAUCUGGGGUUAGGAGCUUCCGUUAGCCAAUUCAAAACACCACGGUGCAUCGGCCCCACAAAUAAUGUAGUGUUGCAAAUCCUGAGCAACAAUGUAGUCAAGACCUACCGCAGUUGUGCCUUUUGAGUCAAUCUUUAUAUUAUGAAACUGUUGUAUGAUAAUUGCUUCAUAAAAUAGUCCAAUCUGCUUAGAAUUAUUAGGUGUAGUAUAUAUAAGUUAUAAUAUUCAGUUGAAGUUGUCGGUCACCUUGUCAAAUGCCAGAUCAAUCUUUUCUUUA